AUGACCACAUCAGUCUCAUCUGCAUUAAAAACUACACCUACAUCCUCCCUAAUUACUUUGGCAGCUGGAUGCUUCUGGGGCGUAGAAAAAGUAUUCAGAAGAUAUUUUGGUAAUCAGGGUAUAAUUGACAUUAAAGUGGGAUACGCCAAUGGUAUUCCAACUGUUGGCAAUGUCAAUUACGAAAGAGUCUGCUCCGGCUCAACUGACUUUGUUGAAAGUAUUCAAAUUUCAUAUGAACCUUCCGAAGUUACACUUGAAAAGCUCUUGGAUACUUUCUUUAGAAUGCAUGAUCCAACCACAGUUAAUGCUCAAGGCCCUGAUGUAGGCACUCAAUAUAGAUCAGCCAUUAUGACGCACGAUGAAAAGGACCAGAAAAUAGCGUGGGACAUUAAAGAAAAAAUGCAAAAAGAAUGGUAUCCAAACCACAAGAUAGUUACUAUAAUAGAGCCUAUAAAAAUUUGGUACGAUGCAGAAGAGUACCAUCAAGAGUAUUUGAAGAAAAACCCGGGAGGAUAUGAAUGUCCUUCUCACUUUUUAAGGACCAAACCAAAGGUUUGA